AUGAUUUCUGCCGCACUCAUGCUUCGAAACGCUGCUUACAACGCCUUCAUUUACCAACGAUCACUCCACUUUGGUGCAAUUUUACUUCGGCAAACAAUCGACUAUUCCAAAGUUCCAGUUUUAAAAGAGGAGGACAUAGAAGAGCAGUUUGUUAAGGGACACGGUCCUGGUGGUCAAAAUGUUAACAAGAGGUCCAACUGUGUCCUUCUGAAGCACAUCCCCACGGGUUUGGUUGUGAAGUGCCACCAGUCUCGAUUGCUGGACAAAAACAGGAAAUUUGCUCGAGACUUGUUGAUAGAAAAACUGGAUCAAUUAGCGAACGGAGAAGACAGUGUAGCAAAACAAAAGAAAAGAAUAGAGGAGAAGAAAAGUAGUAAAAAUGAGACAAAGAGGAGAAAGAUGCAAGAAUUAAAGGCUGCUUGGAAAGAGCGAGAGCAAAAUGAUGUGUAAAAAUUGUUUAAUUUAAUCUGAAUAAAUUUAUUUUGAGCUGAAAA